AUGCAGGAAAAGCGUGGUGCAUGCAAUGAUGAGGCGAGCCCUCCUCUUUCCUCUUCGAGGUUGGCGGCGUUGCGUCACACGCGACUGUUGCCGCGCAGCAUUCCUGCCUCAUUCGCCCUGCGGAGUCAGUUGAUUGGCGCGGAGUUUUGCGCUUCACUUUCCGCUGCGAUGUUGCAGCUGGCGCCGCGUGGCGUGCGCACUGCCACGGCGGUGACGGGGGCCACCUCACCUGCGACUGCCCUCCUUUAUGACCUGUCGGCGCACUACGGGUCUCACACGCUGCGCAGGGCGGCAAGUUACCCGCUGGGGCCGUGCUACAGCAGCCGGCAGCGGCGGGUUUCGAGGAGUCAGCACGAUGGACGCCGGCAGCUGUGGUCGUUGCGUGCGGCCCACCGUCUGUGGUGCCGCCGCUGCGGGGUGUACCUUGCGGCAGGGGAGACGAAGUUGCUGCUGCCCCGGGCGACGCCGGGCCCGCUCCAACUUCCUGACGACGCCGCUGCUGUGACUGCCCCUGCUGUGGAGGGGUUGAAGCAAAAGGGCAUAGCCUCCAGAGGGACGUAUGUGUGCCGCCGCUGCCUGGACAGUGAGUGGGCGGCGUGGAGGAAGAAGGGCUGCCUGACCACGCCGCCGCCGCCACUCGCAACGCCCCUUGCUUUUCCGCAGGCCUCGGAAGCAGCAGACGAACCGGCGGCGCCGAAUGCCUCCGACAUUAGGCGUGAAUCAGUGGUCGCACAACUUGCCGUCAGUGUGGGCCGCACACGAAGGCGGAAGCGCAAGAAGCGUGGAGGCGUGGCGAGGACUGCCGCGCCAGCAGUGGGGAAUGCAUCCGCCAGUCUAAAGGCAGCUGCGCGUGCUGUUCCUAAAGGCUCCUUGUCGCGCGGCAAGAGAAGUCGUACGACGGCCCCCAAAGACCCCGUCCCUCUCGCGCAGGAGCGUUUCAAAGUUAACUUUUCUGGUGCGCAACGGGACACCAGCAAUGCGGCUCCAGUGCGGAAGGCGGCUCGAGUCGAGGGCUCUCCGGCGACUUUGACAGUUGCCCCGCGUGCGCUACAGAAUGAGGCGGCGAGAGCUGAAACUGAAGCCAAGUCGCAGGUUCCCACAGGCCCUCGAAAGUCCGUAACAAAAUCCCGUCGUUCCACUUCAAAAGGUGGCAAUAACUCGAAAGAAACUCCCUCUUCUGCGAACACUUUUACGGACACACUGUCAAGACUCGGUCUGUAG